AUGGAAACUAGCUCAGUUGGAGAUUUUCUACCAUCUCAUAUACCAGAUGAAUCCUCCGAUAAGAAAUUCUCUACUAAUUUUUCCACAAUUAAUGUUUUUCCAAGAUUUAUACAUUUUAUUAGCUUUAAAACUUAUGAAAAACAAAUUAAAAAGAUUUUAAUUUCAAACUCAUCUGAUAAAGCAUUUGAGGCUUUACGUAAUUUGCCCCAAAAUUCACCAUUUUCGAUUCCUGAAAGCCAAAUUUAUAUUGAACCUGGAAAAUCAAAAACCGUACAUAUUAUCUACUACCCAACUACUAUCGGAGAAUCAAAAAUUUUACUUGAUAUAGAUUCAAUCACGAAAACGCAAAUAAAUAUUACAGGAAAUUGCUAUGAAUCACAAAUUAUUAUACCAGAACAAAGCUCAUACUUAUGGAAUUACAAUAUUCCUUUUGAUAAAAGUCAUACAAUUCCAAUAAAAAAUAUUGGAAAUGAUGAAGUUAAUCUUACAAUUUCAUGCAAUUACUCAAAUGUUCAUAUCGAAAAUAAUCAUCUAUGCAUACAUUCAAAUCAUACCGAAAGCACUAUUGUGAGAAUUGAUGAGAUAAAUGCAGAAAUUUCAAAUAUUGAACUUUCACUUACAGAUGUAAAACAAAACAUCAGCAUUAAACGAAAACUAUCUAUCACUAAGACCAAUAUAGAUUCAAAGCCUAAUGAAACAAAUCAAAAUGAAAUCAAUAAUUGUAUUUCAUUGACAAUUGAAGCAGAAGAUAAAAAAUCAAAGCAGUUAACAGAGCCCAAAGAAAACAUUGCAAUUUCACAUGACGAAGAAGAAUGUGAAAUUGAAAUUAAACCAAAAACAUUGAUUUUUCAUCAAAACGAAGAUGAAAAUGAUAUUUUCAGAAAAAUUCAGAUAAUAUGUGAGAAUGAGUUUCAUAUUGAAGGUCCAAAGUGGCUAAAAUUCCCUAUUUACAUCCCAUCCUCACGGUUUUUCAAAAUUUAUUUGAAAAAAAUAAAAAGAGAAAAAGUUGCUGCACAAAUUAAUGCAAUAACUAGAGGAAACUCUGCUUCAAUCCCAAUAAUUGCAUAUAAAGGUAUUAAUUCUGUUGAAUUUCCCCGCGAAGUUUGCUUAAAGUAUUCUUUACAAAAUGAGUUUCAUGGGAAAAUGAAGGUUACAAACACAGGUGAUAUCAAUGCAUUUGUUGUAAUCACAGUUGAUCAAAAGAAUUCUAAAUUACUACUUUCAACACCAUCUGCAAUAAUUCCACCUCAUUCAUCACAUUAUUUCGAAUUCACGAUGAAAGGAAUUCCUGAAGGAUCAUUACAAUUUCCAAUAAAAGCUUUUAGUGGUGAUGAAAUACUUAGACAACUAUUGUCGGCAUUAGAUCCAAAUAACUUUUUCUCCAAGAUGUUCAAGAAUAUAAAAGUCUCUGAUGAAAUAGAAUUUGCAGAUAAUUUUAUAAAACAACUCGAUUUACAUGUUGUUUCAGAAGAGUUUGAGAAUAGUUUGAGAUAUAAUGAUAUUUUAGUUUAUAAUGAAUCAAUCACAGUUGCCAAGAAAGUAUUUGUUAGACCAGAAUCUUUGUCUGUAUUGAUUAAUAACAGUUCCAAGUUUACAAUUUCAAAUUUAUCAUCAGAUAAAUUAAACUUCACAUCAUUUGCAUUUAAUCCAUCAGUAUCUGUAUACCCACAAUCAGGUAUAAUCAUGGGAUAUAGUACAAUCACAUGUACUGUUGAAUGUAAAGAAGAAGUUCAAUCUUCAAUUGAAAUUCAUACUAAUGUGGGAAAUUUCACAGUUCAAAUAUCAUCAGAGGAUAUAAAACCUAUUAGAAUCAAAAAGGGUAAAUAUCAAGCACCAUUUUCUAUCAAAAAUAAUGAAAUUAAUUUCGGAUUAUGUGAAAUACUCAAAACACGCAAGCAUAAUUUAUGUAUUAGAAAUCUUGAAGAUAAAGAAAUCCAAAUCAUAUUAAAUUGCAUAUCAAAUUUCACAAAAAUACAUAAAAUUAUCAAGUAUCCCAAAAUGUUAAAAUUACAGCCAUAUGCAACAUCCGAGUUUGUUAUUGAGUUCAUGCCAAUACAAAAGGUUACUUAUGAAGCAGAUUUAGAAUUAACUUUUAAUAAUUAUUCAAAAAAGAUUCAUUUAACUGGAAGUGGAAUUAAGAAGCUCCACGAGGAAGUAAUAGGAUGUGAUAUUGAUAAUAUUACGUUCCCAACAUCACAGAUAAACACGACUUCUACAGCCACAAUCAAAAUCUUUAAUAGAACUGAGAAUAAAUGCACUAUUAAUGCAAUUGUUCCUUAUCCAUUCAAAUCAUCAUGCAGUAAUUUUGAAAUAGAACCCAAGAAAUAUGUUAGGUUUCCAAUAGAAUUCACGCCAAUUACAUCUGGGUCAUAUAGCUCAGAUAUUAUAUUUGCUCCAAAUAACUUACCACAUUUUAUGGUUUCAGUUAGCGGAAGAGCAACAAAUUAA